UUACACACAGUCGGAGACGGCAGGGCACUUCAUCUUUUAAUUAAGAUUCCAAUUCCAUCCUUCUAGCGAGAGAACCCGAUGUCCGCCAUGGAGACCGACAUAAACGCGCCGCCGCCGCCCGCCCCCGCCGGCGAGGGCUCCUCCGCCGCAGGCCCGUCCUCCUCCCGCAAGCCCAACAAGCGCUUCGAGAUCAAGAAGUGGAACGCCGUCUCUCUCUGGGCAUGGGAUAUCGUCGUUGACAACUGUGCCAUCUGCCGCAACCACAUCAUGGAUCUAUGCAUCGAGUGCCAGGCGAACCAGGCCAGCGCCACCAGCGAGGAGUGUACUGUCGCUUGGGGUGUCUGUAAUCAUGCUUUUCACUUCCACUGCAUCAGCAGGUGGCUUAAGACUCGCCAAGUGUGCCCAUUAGAUAACAGUGAAUGGGAGUUUCAGAAAUAUGGUCACUAGACCCUCAUGUGCUGUUGGAGCUUUUGUUUCAGGCUACUGCUGCAACCCAACACUUCUCAUAUUCCAACAGCUCCAUCUUUUGCCACUUUUGGUUCUUGCAUCUAUCAUCUGUCAGUUAUGGCGGGUAGUAUGUCCAUCCUGGGAUUGUAUUUGGAUGAUUCGUAGAGAGGAUAUCAUACUGUAGAUCUUUAACAAUGUUCUGUGUAUCUUCAUAAAUGAGCUUGAAUUGUGCUGUGGUACUAUUCUGAAGUAUUGUGCUUUUUUA